AUGACAUGGAAAUUUGAUGGAACUAAAAUACAACGCAGAUUUCAACGAUUUCAGCUUUCAUUAGCUCCAGCUUAUGCUUUUACUGACUACAAAUGCCAAGGCCGAACUUUAGAGAAAGCAAUAAUUGAUCUAUCAAACACUAAUACUUAUAACAGUAAAUACGUUAUGCUUUCCAGAAUACGUAGUUUAAAUGAUUUGUUAAUUUUACGACCCUUUAAUGAAUCUAUAUUAAAUAUAAAAUUGCCAACUGCACACAGUACAGAAAUCAAACGUCUAGAAAAACAUGCAGAACAAACAAAAGAACUAGAAAGAUGGCCUGAUGAACACUAUAAUCAUGACAACAUC